AUGGAAGUUACCAAAAGUGGCCAUUCACACUCCCACACCCUAGACCCUCUCUCCUACCCCUCCAAAGGUUCAGCUUCUAAAGUUCAAGAACCUAAGCCUCAUACAGAAGAAGAGAAAGACUCCAGCCCUAGCAUAGUCCCUGGAGAGAGCAAAUUUGAUAGAGCUAAAGGCUCAGUGAUCGGAGCUCUAUGCGGAGAUGCUAUUGGAGCGGUGCUUGAGUUCUGUAGAGGAGAAAUUACUGAAGAAAGAGCUACCGAAGCUUUAACCAUGCCUGGAGGAGGCGUCUUUCAAGUUGGCCCGGGACAGAUAACUGAUGAUGGAGAACUAGCAAUCUGUCUUCUACAUGGCCUGGUAGAGGGUGAAGGAAAAUUUUUAGAAGCAGAAGUGGCUAAUUAUUAUGGAAGGUGGAUCAGAUCUCGACCCUUUGAUUGCAGGAUAACAAUUAGAAACUCUCUCUUAGAUACUAUUAGUAAGAAACCUUAUUCAAAAGAGAUAAAGAUUGAGGCAGCAUGAUACAAUCAAAGAUCUCAAAGCAACGGAUCACUCAUGAGAUCUACUCCUCUCGCUGUAUUCUGUCACAACAUGGAGAUUCCUGAGACCAAAGAUUCAGUUACUUCAUUUUUUAAUUUUAAAGACUGGCAAAAACAUAGAGAUUGUGUGUUCAAAGCAGUAAAGCUAGACGCAACUUUCACUCAUCCUAACAAAACAGUGCAUUAUGUUGAAGGAUUAUACAUCUACAUGAUAACCCUGAUCAUCAACGGAGUCCCAUUGGGCGAAGUCUAUCAGACAAUCAUUGAUGAUAUUGAAGAAUCAGCUGAUAAAGAGUACAAAGAAAUGAUCCAAGGAUGGGUUGGAGAAUCUGAAAAGCCAACACUUGAUAGUCUAAAAGAAAAUAUGGGCUGGAUUAAGCACGCCUUUGUUUGUUGUAUGAGAUACCUCAGACUUGCAGCACAGAAGCAAGAAAACAACGAGCAACUUGACUCUAAAUUCUACGAAGAAGCAAUGGUAGAAAUCCUGAUGGGAGCAGGCGACACUGACACAAACGCUUGUAUCGCAGGUGGAGUCAUCGGAGCUAUUUUAGGGUUUGAUAAACUCCCAGAAAUCCCGAAGGACAAGGUCCUGAAUUGGGACUACUCAGAUAACCAUGAAGGCCGUGAAAGACCCGAUUAUCUUGUCCCAAAAGACAAAGUAGAAAAAUUGAUUGAGGAUUUGUUCAAAAUUGCUCCUGAAGACUCAGAUUUCACCGAAUAAUAAGUAGUCGAUCAAUUUUGG